GUCAGCGGACUGCUGAAAACAGCUUGUUUAUAAAAAUAUGGCUGCCAGAAAUUGCAGCUUACACAGGAAAAAAAGAUGAAUAUGUUUUCAGAAAAUUCAGUUAGCUAGUAAUACAUAUCCAGUUUUGUUCAUAUUCUAAUACAAACUAACGUCUAGUUACUAUAUAAGCACAAGAUGCAGACCGUUUUGCUAUUUAUUUCUUUAUUUUCUAUGGCGUGUGCAUCAAUGCCAUUGGCUAUUCUGCAUAUAAAAGGUCCAGCUGGCUCUGCUGACUUGUGUGCUAUUUAUAAUCCACAUUAUUCCGCCAUACCAAUGACAUUGCAAAGAACACCGCUUUACAAAGUAUUUCAGCCUGAUCCACCGGAUGGCUGUGGAGAUUAUGUUGCCAUAAACACAACAAAUUCGUCAUCCUUUGUCAUUGCAUCAGCAAAUUGUACACCGUUUAAAAAGUUUCUGCAUGCAUACCAUGCAUCUGCAAAACAAGUUAUAGUAAUAAGCGAUACUAGUUCAGCAACAGACUUUCCUGUCGGCAGAUCAGACCAACAUGAACAAGUGCACAUUUCUGUUGGUAUGAUAGCCAAGCGUUCAUGGAGCGCAGUUAAGAACAAAUUAGGCAGUCCAAUGUAUGCUCAAUUAUAUCAUCCCCACGAUCCUUUAUUUGAUCCCAACUUGAUUGUCAUAUGGUUAAUAGCUGUGUUUACAGUUGUAGUAGGCUCUUAUUGGUGUGGUUUAACUCUUCAGAGAAGCUUGGAAGAAUCUGACUCUUCGAAAAAAGAUGAAGAUGAAGAAGGGAAUGAUUUUCCCAUCACCACUGUCAUGGUGUUCAUUUUCAUCUUUAUGAUCUGCACUGUGUUGUUGCUGUUAUACUUUUUUUAUAAAUAUCUUAUCUUUGUUGUGAUUGGUCUGUUUGCCAUUGCAGCAACAAGUGGCACAUAUGAGUGCAUGUCAGGACUUUUAUCACUUCUUAAAUGUGGACAGUGUAGAGUUCCAGAAAAUAACCUGCCAAUAUUAAAGCAUCAACCAGAAAUCCGAAAUAUCAUUUUAUUCUUUUGCUGCCUUGCUUUAAGUAUAUACUGGAUUGUGAUUAGGAAUACACCUUACUCCUGGAUAUUGCAAGACUUUCUUGGUGUAUGUUUUUGUAUCAGUCUACUAAAAGUCAUUAGAUUACCAAAUUUUAAAAUUAGCAUGAUCCUACUGCUGGCUUUACUGGUGUACGAUAUAUUCUUCGUCUUCAUCACUCCGUUCUUCUCUGCACAAGGCAAGAGUGUGAUGGUGGAGGUGGCCACAGGAAAGGGAGGCAAUGAACAGCUACCAAUGGUAAUUAGAGUUCCAAAAGUUAUAAAAACCGCUUUAUCGCUGUGUGAAAGACCGUACUCUAUACUAGGAUUUGGUGAUAUUCUGUUACCUGGUCUAUUUGUCGCAUUUUGUCACAACUUUGACGUCAUCGCGAAGACGAAGCACAAAGUUUACUUCAUAGCUACAAGUAUCGCGUAUGGUCUCGGUUUAUGCGCGACAUUUGUAGCGUUGAUGGCAAUGAAAGUUGGUCAACCCGCUUUGCUGUAUCUUGCACCAAGUGUUCUUUUAGCUGCAACCCUGGUCGGAUGUAUUAGGGGAGAAUUUAAAGCGUUAUGGUAUGGACGAGUUAUGGAAUCUAAGCAUCCUGAUCCCGAUGUGAUGCAUUCAGAUGAUUCAAUCGAAAAAGAAAAACUAUUAGAUCAUUCAAGGACUCCGUAGAUAAUAAAGUUUUUUUAAAAUGGACUGUAAAUCUCUUUCAGAAACGAAAACUGCGUAGAAAUUUUUUAAAUUAAUUUUUUGUACAAUUUUUUAAAAUUCUAUAAAUUUACAUUUUGUCUAGUCCUGCACUUGCGAAAUAUAUAUAUUUUCAGGGA